AUGGCUUAUACACGAGCCAUGCCUUCCAAGAUAAUCAAAUACAUUCUGUAUGCCUUGUGUCUCGGCCUGGCUGUUUCUGUCUGUGCAGAGACACUUCUCGGGCAAGAAAAGGAUAUAGGACUAUUGACACCCGAAGAAAUCCAAGAGAAUCUCCAGCAAUGUGCCUUUGUGCAAAACCUCUCCGAGCAUAAAGUCAAGAACGGCCCGGCUCAGACCUCUCUGACCACGAGACUUUUCGAGCUCUUGUUCCCAUCCUCGUCGCCCGCGAUCAACGCGCUUCUAGCAACAGCAUACAUUUCCGGCCCACCGAACUUCCUACUCGCACUAUGUCCACCGAACAUCGACCCAUCGUCUCUGAGCGUCAUGGUCGCCUUCGCGGUCGGCGGGUUGCUGGGCGACACUCUGUUCCACCUCCUGCCCGAGAUCUUCCUGGGCGAAGACGAGCACGACCGAGUCAAGUUCGUCAUGGUCGAACCGAAUCGCAAUCUGCUACUAGGAGUUGGGAUCAUUGUGGGGCUGGUGACGUUUAUGGCUAUGGACAAGGCUCUACGCAUCGCGACAGGAGGAGGUGGACAUUCACAUGAUCAUGACCACUCCCAUGCUUCCGCCCCAGCAAAUAGUGCGGAGGGAGCUGCAUCUACAUCAUCAGGUGUUGUAAAACAGAAAGCUGACGGCGGUGAACUACGCAAGCGCAAUGCCGGUAAAGAAGAUCACAAUGACAACGACGACAAAGCCGGAUCGGGAGCCGAACACGAUGCUACGUCUACGCCCACUAACCCGUCGGUCAAGCUGGCGGGCCUGUUGAACCUGAUUGCCGACUUCACACAUAACAUCACCGACGGGCUGGCCUUGUCCACCAGUUUCUAUGCCUCGCCUGCAUUGGGCGCCACCACGACCAUGGCCGUCUUUUUCCACGAGAUCCCGCACGAGGUCGGCGACUUUGCCCUUCUGAUCCAAUCAGGCUUUUCCAAGCGCAAGGCCAUGGGCGCUCAAUUUCUGACCGCCGUGGGUGCCUUCCUCGGCACGUGUAUUGGUAUCUUUGUCCAGGAAUACGGUGGUGCUGGGGCCGCUGACACCGUUGGACCGGUCAAGGGCAUAGCGGGCACGAGUCUGCAGUGGGGAGAUAUGCUGCUGCCCUUUACGGCGGGAACAUUCCUGUAUGUGGGAACGGUGGCUGUCAUUCCCGAGUUGUUGGAGACCGGGCCGAACAAAGGCCAAGAGCUGAAAAAGACAGCACUCCAGUUCGGCGCCAUGUUCGUGGGGGCGGCCAUCAUGGUAGCCAUCUCAUGGUCAUAA